UCCACACUCUAUUUCAGCACAUACACCAUGGUUAACAUGCUAAAGCGGAUGCGCAAGCUGCGCGAACUCCUAUGGAUUCGCAACGGCCCCGGCGCGAUACAAUUGCCCAAGGAGGUGACGAAGAUCAGCGUGGAGUUCCAUAAGAAACUCAUAGGGUCACAACACAGAGGAGCUCGACACUUCUGGCACGACAUUCUCCCUCGAAUAAAAUACCGCAACCCCACGCUUCCCAUCAGCGUGAUCCGCCACGCCGACCCCGCCGGCCCCGCCUACCUCAACAUCUACACGUCCACUCCCACGCCCCAGACCUCCACCACGCCUCCCCCUUCCACAACCACCGCUCCUGAGGCGCUAAACGACACCCCCACGCACACAAUCGAAAUCAAAGACCUGCACGAGUCCGAAAUCCUCGAAGCGCUCGUGGAAAAGACGGGUGCAGUGGUCUUGCGCACGCCGCCGGAGGAAGCGGCCGAGAUGGCGGAGAUCGAGGAAUUCAAGGAGAGAGCGGAGGUGGAUCGCGUGGAGGUGAGGGAGAAGCUGAUGAAGGUGAGGAGGGAGGAGGAGCUGUUGAAGCUGGCAAGGGGAGAAAUUUCGGCGCAGGAAUAGAGCAGGGGGUGAUGGCUAUGCUCGUUUGUGGAGGGAAAAGCUGGGCUAUUGGGAGAUGGACUGAAAUGCGAGACUGGAGAGGUGGGUGUAUGAUAGAGUGUACUGAGUGAAGAGAUAUCACGUGUAUUAUAGGUACCGGGCAGGAUAUGGGCUGCCAUACACCCAUCCUAAACUACUACAGCAUUUAGAAAACAUCAAUACUGCAAGCGCAUUGG